CUUCUCCUCCACCCUCUAAUCACGCCACGUCACGCAGCUCGCAGCCAGAGCUGGUAAGCUCUCUCGCCCAGAAAUAAUACUACUUGAAACGCGCGCAGCAACAGAGAGAGCCUCGAGAUCGGCAUGCCACGCGAGCGAGCUCGAAUUCUUCUGAUCAAUGGAGAUGGGCUGGUGCUGAGCUGAUCAGGGUGUGUGGUAGAAUGAUGGGAGCCUUGCAGGUGCAGAGCAAUGGUGAUGCUGGUCGCCAUGGCCAUGGCCACCAUGGCGGCCUCCUCGCUGUGGCAGCAGGCUCGAUCCCGUCGUCUUCUUGCUCCAGCUCUCACGCUACUCUGCCUGUUCUUGCAGUACGAUGAGAUUCUUGGCAAGGGCUCGUCGAAGAUAGUGUACAAGGGGUUUGAUGAGUGGCGGGGAGUGGAGGUGGCGUGGAACCAGGUGCGGCUGCGGGACGUCGUGCACAGCGCCAGCGACCUGGAGCGGCUCUACGGCGAGGUCCACCUCCUCGCGGCGCUCCGCCACCGGACCAUCGUGCGCCUCGACGCCUACUGGAUCGACGCGCCACGCCGCGUCCUCAACUUCGUCACCGAGCUCUUCGUCUCCGGCACGCUCCGCCAGUACAGGGAGAAGCACCGGCGGGUGAGCAUGGCGGCGGUGCGGCGGUGGUGCAGGCAGAUCCUCGACGGGCUCGCCUACCUCCACGGCCAUGAGCCGCCGAUCAUCCACUGCGACCUCAAGUGCGACAACAUCUUCGUGAACGGCAACCAGGGAGAGGUCAAGAUCGGCGACCUAGGCCUCGCCGCCUUCCGCCGCGGCCGCCACGUCCGCUGCGUCGGCACGCCGGAGUUCAUGGCCCCCGAGGUGUUCGACGAGUCCUACGACGAGCUCGCCGACGUCUACUCCUUCGGCAUGUGCGUCCUCGAGAUGGUCACCCUCGAUUACCCCUACAGCGAGUGCUCCAACCCCAUCCAAAUCUACAAGCGAGUCGUCUCCGGGAUCAAGCCUGCCGCGUUGUGCAGCGUGAGGGACCCGGCGGUGAGGCAGUUCAUCGAGCGGUGCCUUGCCCCGGCGGCGCGGCGGCCGGCGGCGGCGGAGCUCCUCAACGACCCGUUCCUGCUGCAGCUUGAGGACGACGCCUUCUUCUCAGGCGACGGCGGCCAUGGCCAUGGAGACGGGUACUACAACUUGAUGUACAGCUACCUCCACCAGCCUGCUUGCAUCGACCACCGUGUCCGCAGCAGCGGCUCCAUGCCGAGCAACGGCUUGUCGCCGUCGAACAGCGUCGACGACGACAAUGAAGCGGACGCGGCGCCGUCGGCGGGGGACGACGACGGCGACAACUGGCUCCGUGACAUCCACAUGCUGUUCGACGAGGACGAAGACGACGCCGGCGAGCGUGUCGCCGGCGUGGACGUCGCCAUCAAGGGGAGGAGGACGGAGGACGGCGGCGUCUACCUCGGGCUGCGCAUCGCCGACAAGAACGGCACAGGGCGUGGCCGGAUAAUCUGCUUCCGGUUCGACACCGAGGCCGACACGGCGAUGAGCGUCGCGGCGGAGAUGGUCGCCGAGCUGGACAUCACCGACCACGAGGUGACACGCAUCGCCGAGCUAAUCGACGGCAAGGUCGCCGCGCUGGUGCCGGGGUGGAGGCCAGCCACCGACGACGACGACGACGUCGUCACCGUCGACGGCGAUGACCCGGACGCGCCGGGCGCCGCCGCCGCAUGCUGCAAGAACUGCCGGCCGUCGUCGUCGUCCUCGUCCUGCGGCUCCCUCGUCGAGUUCAUGUCCUCGUCAGCGGCGGCGGCGGCGGAGCGCGGUGGCUGCAGGCGCUGCGCCGAGCUGCACGGCCGGUUCGAGGAGAUCACGUUCCAAGCCGACGACGAAGAAGACGAGCAGCAUUUGCAGGGCUCAGGGUGCAGCUCUUCUGAGACCGGAGGAAGCAGCCACGGCCAGGCUGGGCAGCGCGCCAUGGACAAGGACCAGGAGCUCAUGGACAUCACUGGCUCUGCACAAGAUGGCACAGGAGAAGGUUCAGAGCAACCAUGAUCAAUUUGAUCAGUACGAUGAAGAUGACCAUAGAAAGAUCGAGCCACUGACAGGUCCUUGGCUGCGAGCAAUGGCGCAAUUCGGUGCCGCCGCCAUGAUCAAUGAGCUCGAAGCACCCGGCAUUGUGAGGGAGGUGGCUGACACUGACAGCAACCAUGAUCAGCUGCUCACUUUCAGAGGUUGCCUUUGCCGACACCUUGCAAGAACAAAGGAUGUACUGUUGAAAAUUGCUACUGAUGUUGGACAUACCCUUCUGACAAAGUAGAUCUACAGUUUCAAGAUUGGAUUUGCUCUUAUGUUUUAGAGAUUUGGCAUAUAUGGUUAGGAAAGAAGCUGAAAGAUGUAUAACCUUUUGUGUUUAUCCUUAGAGCAAGUUCAAUAGUAUAUCUAACUAUUAGAUCCAAUUCAUCUAUAGUCAAUCUAUACAAUAGUUACCUACAAAACAUCAAUACAUGGUCUUACAUGUUAUACACAUACUGUGUCUUGGAGCACGUGCUGCAGCUGGCUAUAAAUUAGUAAUCUACUUCUUCU